CUCUGCGCGACACCUGCUUUUUGCCCUCUUCAAUUCCUCCUCCCUGUGCUUGUCAGCUUGUGUUUUAGACGCUUUUGCAUAUAGAGCUAAGAAGACUACGGAAAUCGCACGUGGCCGAACCCAGACUGUCUGAAGCCUGAAUUUUCUUGGAUUCACCCCGCCUCCACCAUGUCCCGUCCUCAGAACAUUGGCAUUAAAGCCAUUGAGAUCUACUUUCCCAGCCAGUGCGUUGACCAGGCUGAGCUGGAGAAAUUCGAUGGCGUGAGCGAAGGCAAAUACACCAUCGGCCUGGGCCAGACUCAGAUGAGCUUCUGCGAUGACCGUGAAGACAUCUACUCCAUGGCCCUCACCACCCUCUCCUCCCUCUUCAGCAAAUACAAUGUCGACCCCACCUCGAUUGGACGUCUGGAAGUCGGCACCGAGACUCUUCUGGACAAAUCCAAGUCGGUCAAGUCGGUGCUCAUGCAGCUGUUUGAGAAGUCUGGCAACCUGAAUGUGGAGGGUGUUGAUACCGUCAAUGCUUGCUACGGAGGAACCAAUGCGGUCUUCAACAGCAUCAACUGGGUCGAGUCCUCUGCCUGGGACGGUCGUGAUGCCGUCGUCGUGUGCGGUGACAUUGCUCUCUACGCUAAGGGAACUGCACGCCCUACUGGGGGUGCCGGCUGUGUUGCCAUGCUCAUUGGACCGGACGCCCCCAUCGUUUUCGAGCCUGGUCUCCGUGGCAGCUACAUCACCCACGCCUACGAUUUCUACAAGCCCGAUCUGACAAGCGAGUACCCCGUUGUCGAUGGCCACUUUUCCCUCCGAUGCUACACCGAAGCCGUGGACGCCUGCUACAAGGCUUAUAAUGCCCGCGAACACACCCUGCAGCAGAAGAACGGAACCAAUGGAGUUGUUUCGGACGCCGAAACUCCCUUGGACCGCUUCGACCACGUACUCUUCCAUGCGCCUACCUGCAAGCUGGUGUCCAAGUCAUACGCCCGCAUGCUCUACAACGACUUCCUCGCCAAUCCUUCCCACCCAGCAUUCGCCGAUGUUCCCGCCGAACUCCGGGAGCUCGACUACGAGAAGUCUUUGACCGACCGCACAGUGGAAAAGACCUUUAUGGGCCUGACUAAGAAGCGCUUCAACGAGAGAGUGCAACCUACCAUCCAGGUUGCCACCAUGUGUGGCAACAUGUAUACUGCUAGUGUCUACGGAGGCCUUGUUAGCAUGCUGUCUAACAUCUCCUUCGAUCCUAGCCAGCCAAAGCGAGUUGCUUUCUUCAGCUACGGCAGUGGCUUGGCUAGCUCCAUGUUCAGCGUCAAGGUUGUUGGCGAUGUUUCCACAUUGUCCAAAAACUUAGACUUGCAGAAGCGAUUGAAGGCUCGCCGUGUCGUUCCUCCUUCCGAUUAUGAUGCUAUGUGCUUGCUCCGUGAGCACGCUCACUUGAAGAAGAACUUCAAGCCUACCGGCAAUACUGAAACCAUAGUCUCUGGCACAUACUAUCUCACCGAAGUUGAUGAUAUGUUCCGACGAAAAUAUGCCGUCAAGGCAUGAUGGAUAAAAUGACGAUCGACCUAAUGCGAUGAAACGAAUUAGCAGUUUGGGGGCCUCGGAACGGAAUCUGGACAUCAUAUUUUGUCCUGUUUAUUAUUGUCCGAUCUAGAUGGUAUUGAUUUGGUCGGAAAAGUCUGGCGGGCGACGUAAUUUUGGACUUUCGGGGGAUCACGUUUUUCUUUCUUUUUGCUCCUUGCACGCCGUGUUUAUAGAAACUUACUUACGCUGCCCCUGUUGGCUGUCAUGAAGAAGAACCGGAAUAUAAUGUGAUCUAAUAAUAUACACGGGGACACUUUAUCGCCGAUGGUCCAAGCUGUAGUUUAUCCUUAUGUUUAUGUUUAUUUUUAUCUUAAUCUUAAUCUUAAUCUUUAUUUAAUUCGACGUAGAGCAGAC